AGUGAAAGCAAAGUUCACUCCCUGAAUGAGUGUGUGAUUGUUCUCCUACUUUUACAUCGAUGAAACCUGCUUCCAGCAACAACAAGGUUACAUCUGAACACAUCGGGUUCAGUGUUUGCUGAAAGAUGGCCAAGCGGCAGGACAAGAAUGACAGCUCUCAGAUGAAAGCCAUUCUCCAGCAUGAUGACCAGCAAAGGAGUGGCAACGACAAGCCUGAAAAAGAACUCAGCAGCAAAGAAAACUCAAGUCAGCCCAGCUGCUCAUCCCCCUCCUCCGGAUACUGCCCUGGAAAAGAUUUAAUAGACUUUACGUCUUCCUGUUCCUCUGAACCCUGCAAUACCAAAGGCGUACCAUCGUCCUCAGCCAGAUCCGUAAGCCCUGGCCAUGUCAGAUCUAGAUCUCCAGAGGGGCCUGAUCUGUCAGUGAGGACACAGAAGGAGGAGGUCAAGUCUUCGUGCUGUCAACUGGAUGAUCUGAAGCGACGUCCACAUUACCGAGUCAGCCUGGGAGACCUGUGCUUCAGCAGGACGCACACUGUCCUUAUAGAUGUUACUUUGUUCAACCGUGAACGAAGACUCGUUCCUCAGGAGGGCAGGGACCUGUGGCACAGUAACUUUGUGAAGAUGCCCUGUUCACAAGCAAUGAAUCACGGUGGACCCUCCCAGGCGUCGAGGUGGAAGCAGAUCUCCAAACAGCUGAGCGCUCUGGCCAAGAAAAAAACAGUCAGCGUCAAUGAUGUGGCAACGGCCAUCAUUAAAUACAACCCCAAGUAUGAAGGUCGGUGGUCGUUUGACGCCCUCGAAACCUUCGUCAAGUGUGUGCCAAAAACAGAAAACUACUUCGACAAACUGUUUCCAAAGAUCGCUGCCUUGGCUUUGAAGCUGCCUGAGCAAAUAAAGAAGGCCAUCCCACUGCUCCAGAGAGGACGCUCGGCAACCAUCACUCUAUCACAGGUUCAGAUAUCCUGCCUGCUCGCCAACGCUUUUUUCUGCACCUUUCCUCACCGCAACACCUCCAAUCCUAAUGCUGAGUACCAUAACUACCCCAGCAUCAACUUCACCAGUCUGUUUGGAAACUGGUCGAACCGGAAGAAAGAGAAGCUGAGGGCCAUCAUGCAUUACUUUAAAGUGGUGACUGAAACUAAACUGGAAGGACUGGUGACGUUUGAGAGACGCUACCUCGGAGACACAGACAUGCCCCACUGGAAGAGGUCAACAGAGAAGCUGCAUAAACUGUACGUCGCAUCACGUGGCAGCAUUGAGAGUGAAGGAACCGGACUGCUUCAGGUGGACUUUGCUUCCAGCUGGAUCGGCGGAGGAGUCCUCAGCUCGGGUCUGGUCCAGGAAGAGAUCCUGUUCCUGAUAAAUCCAGAGCUGAUCGUGUCGCGUCUCUUCACCGAGAAACUGACAGACAACGAGUGUCUGAUCAUUACAGGCUCCCAGCAGUUCAGCUGUUACUCUGGCUUUGGCGACAGCUUUGAGUGGGCGGGUCCUCAUGAAGAACACCUCAAAAGAGAUGCGUGGGCUCGGCUGAAGAGGCAGAUUCUCGCCAUCGACGCUCUGCACUUCAAACACAGCAGCGAGCAGUACAGUAUGAUGAAGAUCACCCGGGAACUGAACAAGGCAUACUGUGGAUUUAAGGGGCAAGUUGGGCAGGAAGAGCCCGACAUCGCUACAGGCAAGUGGGGCUGUGGAGCUUUCAAUGGAGACCCACAACUUAAAGCUGUGAUCCAGCUGAUGGCAGCAGCAAAAACCAGGAGGGGUUUGGCCUUCUUCACCUUCGGAGAUGAACAUCUGGAGCGAAGUCUGCAGCAGAUGCACCACCUGCUGGUCACAGAAGAGGUUACAGUUGGGGAACUUCACAGACUUCUGGAGCAGUACUGUGCUGAUCUGUACAAACCUGAGGGUUUACAUGUGGAACUGUUUUCCUUCAUCACAAUAAACAUCAAGAGUUUCAGAAGUCAGCUGUGAGGCAUCUGAACUUACAGUAAAAUCUGAAAGGAAUGUUAGUACGACAAAAGAAAAACCUGCUGAACAGUUUUGUUAUGCAAUAAUCUUGCAUUUUCUUCUUAUUUUAUUUGCUAGUUGACGGAAUCGCUUUAAUAUUCAGUAAACGUCGGUUAUUAAUGCAGUAAAGCUGCUGAAAAUGACGUUUAGAUUCAUGUCGAAAGAGCAGGAGAUUUAUUCACAAAACAAAAAAAGCUGUUGAACUUUAUAGUCGGGCUAAAUUAAAAAAAAAAAUCUGUUUCAAAAUUUGAAUCACCAUUUGAAUGUGGUGUAUAGAUGUGUUUGGUCCAGGGUUUAAACUGUCAUAUCAAUGGUUUGAAAAAACUCCAUGUCAAGUCCACCUCUUUCAGUUCAAAGGAUGCGAGGACAACUCAAUUCAGGAUUCCAAGUCAAACUUUUUAUUUUCCUUUUAGAUGGUUGGUCACAUUAUGUCAAUAGCAAUAGGUUGUAAACCUUUAAAGACAGAAAAAAAACUCAACAUUUUAGUUAAGUUUAGAAAUUUAACAGAACAUAUAUAUAUUCUAUAUUUUUUACUUUAAACUCAAAAUGAAACAUCGUAAUUCAAACUCUCAACAUAAAAUCAAAUAAGCAAAUGCUAUCAUUCUGACUUUAAAUCCAGUCAAGUUUGCCUCUGUAGGACCUUUAAAAAUAUCAUGAGCUCACCUUGAGUAGAGCAAAAAUUAAACACAUUAAUACAGUGACAGUCUUCAGCGGACUCAACAAAUCAUCUUUAAAUCCCGUUUUUCUGCAAUUGAUCAGUAUUUAAUGACACGUUCGGUUCAGCCGAGUUCGUUAUUUUGUUGUAUUUUUGCGCAAACCAGAAUAUCACCCUCCAUCACAGUGUGUUGGUAACAGUUCUGCAUUUUUGUGCCUCCUGACAAUGUGUGAUGUGUUGUACAAGAAAAGCAAAGUCAGGACCGACUCUCCCCUCAUUUUUAAAAAAAAUCUAGCAUUUUGGAGUUACUUUCAGCCUGUGGGUGAUUUGUGAAUACCCGUUACUUAAAUCGGGUGAUGGACCUUUUGCUGCAAUCAGCUUUUUGUUCACUUUUAGGAGGGUCUAACCUGCCUGAGAUGCAAAUCCCAGGGCAAAACUGCAUCUUCUCUUGCCUGGAGUUUUGUGCCUGCACAGAGAUUUGAUCAUAAAUCAAACUGCAACUGCUUUUCCUACUUAAUUUUCUGUCUGUUUUAAAUGAAAAGACGAUACAUACUGUAUGAAUUGCAAUGAUUGACAGACAUUUCUGCUGCUUAAUAAUGUGUGUUUUCAGACAUGGUAUUGUGUCUAUGAAAGGCUAUAGAUGUUUUUCUGAAAUCUGGAGCUGAAAUAAAAUACUUCUAACGUCA